AUGCAUAAGAGCCAGACUGAACCAUCGCACGAACUCGAGAACCAGUUUAUUUUGCGGCUGCCUCCGGAACAUGUUUCUACAGUCAGGAAGAUAAUACAUUCUGGAUGUACUGACGCAAAGGAUAAACUAAAGAUCAACUUAUACCCUGAUAAACACCAGGCCAUUGUUCAAGUUGAAGAUGUCACAUUGGCCGCUAAGCUGGUUGAUUUGCCCUGCGUUGUUGGAAGCCUGAAAACUCUUGAUCGCAAAACCUUUUAUAAGACAGCAGAUAUUUCUCAGAUGCUCGUGUGCACUGCCACCACAUCUGCUGCCGCUGCCGCUGCCGCUGCCGUUGCUCCAGCUACUGUUGCUCCAGCUGCAGCUCCAGCUGCAGCUGCAGCUGAAGAGUCCUCUGCUUCUGUAGAAAAACCAACUACUUCUACUGGUCUGAAAGGUAUAAAGAUAAAGGAGAAGAACAAACGGAAGAAAUACAUCUGGAAACACGGCAUUACUCCACCUCUUAAGAAUGUCAGAAAGAAAAGGUUCCGAAAAACAAAAAAGCAUGAUGGUGUCUCAGAAAGUGAAGAAGAAGUGAGCUUUAGUGAGUUCAUUGAAUCUCCAGAUGUGGAGAAGGAAGUGAAGAGACUGCUGUGUUCAGAUGCUGAAGCUCUCAGUACCCGAUGGGAAGUCGUCACUGAAGAUGAAAGCAAUAGAAUAGAAUGCCAAGGCAUUGUUCCAAAAUUUGAGUUUUGCUCAGAAAUGGCUGGCCAAACACAGGGUCAUCUCACACCAGAAUAUGAUACUUUUCGGAAGAUGUCCACCGAUUCUGGAAGUAGCAAUGAUGAUGAGUUGGAGCAUGGUAGAGGAAAUAAGGAUGACGAUGAGGAUGAGGAUGAGGACGAGGAUGAUGAUGAGGAGGAAGAUGACAGUGAUUCUGAAGAGAAGCUAGAAGCUCUGCUCCAUGCAUUAGGCCAGUACAAGGCAAAGAAAGGAACUGCUUCAAUGGUCAUGGAAAUUCAAAAGCAGAUUUAUUACGUGGAGAAGAAGCUCAAGGACAUUCAGAAAAAAGCGAGAAAACGAGGGAAUCUUCUCAAGAAGGUGGAAAACCUGGCACUCAGGAAUCAUUUAAAGUCUGUGCUGAAGCAGCUUAAAUUAGAGGAGAACCAAAAAUGCGAGCAGCUCAUUGAGCUGCAGAAACAACUGAAACGUUUUCUGCAGAAGUGAGGAUUCACCAUCCAGACUGAAGACAAUGGAAUUGUUACCUGUCCCACGAUUUGCCCUAUACUGGAUCAGUUUGUUUCUCUGUAUCUUUUUUACUAAUUAUAAUCUACUUAAAGUUGUUAGGUAUAUAGAAAGGGAAAGAUUAAGAUUAUUAGGAAAAAUUAAAUAGCAUAAUUUAAAAGUCUCAACUCCAUGAUGGCACUUUGCUACUCUUGAUAAAUUUGUUAACAAGUAAUGUUGCUUUUCGGCCUUCAAGCUAGCCAAUGAUUCAGCCAUGCUUGCCCAAUGCAGAGUCUAGUUUGCAGGCCAUACAGCUAGUUUGCAGAUAUUUUAUGCCUUUCUCGCUCCUUUCAUUUUAGUGCUUCCUCUAUCAUAGAAAAAGGCAAGUCAUUUAUACCAAGAACAAGCCCUUCCUACCUGCCUCAGGGCAUGUAAGUGCUGACCGCACCACAGUUAAUAGGAGAUUGUGCUAGAUCUCCGUGCAGGCGGCAUUCCUGCUUCUUUUUUUUCCCUCUGUUGCUAUGUUGUGGCUGUGGCCGAUUGCUAUUAGCUAGAUAGAUGAAGAAAACUUGAGCUGAUAUCCUUAUUCUGAGCCGCCACCUCCUGACCGCCAUUAGAAAAGCUUAGGGAAAACAAAUACCUUCUGUGAACAACCCUGGGUAGUUUUAACAGCAUGCAUUAUUAAAGUGAUCUAUAUUCUCUGAGCAAUAAAUGUUUUCUUGGUUUCAAA